AAAAAAAACAGAACAUGAACACCAUGUUUGAAAAGUCCAAAGUCAACAAAACUCAAAGAGUACAUAACAAGCAAACGUUACAAAAGCUUCCUCCACAAUCUUCUUAAAAACAGAACACAUCACAUCCCUAAACUCUCUUUAUAAACCAACAUAACAAUCUCUUCUCCUCUUCAUUUCUAUAAACCCUAACACCCAAAACCACUCUUAAACGAUGUCUUCUUCUUCAAGAACAAGAACAAAAGCUCCAAGAUCAACAAGAAUCCGUAGAAACUACGGUAUCUCUUCUUCUUCAUCAGCUAACAUCGUAGCAGAUCUCGACGAUGUCUUGCUCCAAAUCCUCUCCUUUCUCCCAAUCAAAUCUCUCAUCAAAUGCAAACGCGUAUCAAAACGCUGGCGUUGUCUCAUCACAAACCCUAACUUCUCCAACCCCAUCAUCAGUUCCAAACAUCCCCUCCCAAUCUCUGGCCUUUACUUACAAGGAACAAGAAGAGACAUAGAAUACAGAUUCGUCUCUCUAGAUGAUGAAGUCAACGAACAGCUUUCCUUACCAUCAUCACCACUUCGUUUUGUAGAUCAUCCAACUCCUAUUGUCAUAAUGCAAUCAACCAACGGUCUUCUCUUGUGCAAAUGCACUUGUCCUCCUAACCAUUUCAACAGAAACUUCUACGUUUACAAUCCCACAACGAAGCAGAAGACUCUCCUCCCUCAGAUCAUCGACCACUUCGCGGUCUCUCUAGCUUUUGAUCCUUCAAAAUCUCCUCACUAUAAAGUCUUUUGCCUCAAAAGAACAAGCACCUCCUCUGUUUCCUCUGUUCUUUACCACCUAGAGGUUUACUCCUCUAAUGAAGGACCUUGGAGAAGACUUGCUUCUCUUCCUUCUUUCGCUCUUCCUCAUACCGUUACCGGUUUAAGCAAUCUAAGCAACACUGUCUUCUGGAACGGUGCGGUUUACUGGUUUUGGUUUGGUCCACACUCGAGAGAUUGUCUCUCCUUUGAUAUCAAUACAGAGGAAAUCAAGACUCUUCCUCUCCCUUUUCUUGACCACGAGGAGUAUCCACCUGAUGUCGGCACCUUGAGGUUUGUAGAAGAAUCCAGGGGAAAUCUUUACUUCAUCGAGGUUAAUGAUCUGAGUUCUUCAGACUUACCUGUCUACGAAAUGAACAGAAACGGAUCAAGCUGGUUCUUGAAGUAUCAUGUUGACUUAGAGACUCUUGCAGCAACUUUUCCGGAGAUGAUCAGAACUGAGUACUACACUUAUAGGCGGAUCUAUUCGUUCUCUAUAAUUGGUUUUGUGAAGGGAGAGACAGAUGUGGAGUCAUACAUAGUGCUUCACAUUCCAAACAAGGCUGUUAAGUACUACUUCAUCAACAAGACUUUCAAGAAACUUUGCAGUUUUGAGCCAUCCCAAGAUGAUGAUGAUGAUGAUGAUGAUGAUGGUGGUGAUAACUUUUAUGGAUUCCGAAGAUCUUUUCAGUUUAUUGAGUCUCUUGCAAACGUCUAG